AUGUCUUCUUUUUAUUUAGGAGACCACCAAAUAAUGCCAUCAUCCCAUACAGAUCAACCUGCUUGUGGUGGACGGUGUUGUCCAAAUUGUAAGAAAUGUAAUGAAUGGGUUUGGCAUAAAGGCAGUUGUGGUUGUUGUGGUAUUGGUGCGAGAAAGGCUGAAUGGAAGCGUCGUGGUACAGGUUGCCGUUAUGGUUCUAGUAGUGUUUAUCAUGAUGUUGUUUCCGAUGGUCAUCAUCAUAGUUUAUGUGUUUGUGACAAACGAAGAAAAAGAUGA